UCUCCGCUUGCUUUCCUUGAUGGUUCAAUAAGGCAAUAACGCCGUGACAGGUCCUCUCAUUCCCACCCAGCACGUUGAAGGAAAAAAGACACGAACCAAGAGGAACCAGCAGAAAUUUAUUUAUUUAAUAUUACUUACAUAUUCGUUUUGAAUUGUCUUAUAUGCUUUCUAAGAGCAUCAAUCUAGUCGUUUUUUCUCUGAGAUGGAAAUGAGAUGUCGCCCAACAACGGUAAUGUGCUGUGCUUUUGUGGUUCUGUUCUCCAUCGCUCGUUCUGUGGAUGCUUCAUUCGGGGACAGACAGUACCUCAACGAAUGGGCGGUGGAGAUUCCGGGAGGACCGGACGCCGCAAGGUCCAUCGCCAAAGAACUGGACUACCGACUAGUCCGCCAGAUUGGGACGCUAGAAAACCAUUACUUGUUCAAACACCAGACUCAUCCUAGCAGGACGAAACGAAGUGCCGAUCACAUCACCAAACGCCUGUCUGAGGAUGAUCGGGUAUCAUGGGCGGAGCAACAGUAUGAGAAGCAGCGCAGUAAGCGGGCGUCGCUGGGAUCAUGCCGGAACUGUCCAGUGGACAAGCUGUUCGAUGACCCCAUGUGGAACCAGCAGUGGUACCUGCAAGACACUCGGACGUCGUCCUCCCUGCCCAAACUGGACCUCCACGUAAUUCCCGUGUGGAGGAAAGGGAUCACAGGGAAAGGAGUGGUCAUCACCGUGCUGGAUGACGGUCUGGAGUGGAACCACACCGACAUCUACCCCAACUACGACGCAGCAGCCAGCUACGAUUUCAAUGACAACGACCCUGACCCCUUCCCCAGAUACGACUCCACCAAUGAGAACAAGCAUGGAACCAGGUGUGCCGGUGAGAUCGCCAUGCAGGCAGAUAACAAUAAAUGUGGAGUUGGGGUGGCGUACAACUCCAAGGUUGGAGGAAUCCGCAUGUUGGACGGUAUCGUGACGGACGCCAUCGAGGCCAGUUCUAUUGGCUUCAACCCAGACCAUGUGGACAUCUACAGUGCCAGCUGGGGACCCAACGACGAUGGCAAGACAGUGGAGGGCCCCGGUCGCCUGGCGUCAAAAGCCUUUGAGUACGGCAUCCAGAAGGGCCGAGGCGGGAAGGGCUCCAUCUUUGUGUGGGCAUCGGGGAACGGGGGCCGUCAGGGGGACAACUGCGACUGUGACGGCUACACGGACAGCAUCUACACCAUCUCCAUCAGCAGUGCCUCCCAGCAGGGCCUGUCUCCCUGGUACGCUGAGAAGUGCUCCUCCACCUUGGCCACCGCUUACAGCAGCGGAGACUACACCGACCAGAGAAUAACCAGUGCUGAUUUGCAUAACGAAUGCACCGAGACUCACACGGGAACCUCCGCCUCCGCCCCACUGGCUGCUGGGAUAUUUGCCCUGGCGCUGGAACAGAACCCUGAGCUAACAUGGAGGGAUCUGCAGCACUUGGUGGUGUGGACUUCUGAGUUCGACCCGCUGGCCAACAAUCCCGGCUGGAAGAGGAACGGGGCAGGCCUGAUGGUCAACAGUCGUUUUGGAUUUGGUCUGCUCAACGCUAAGGCCCUGGUGGACCUGGCCGACCCGGCCACCUGGAAACACGUCCCCGAGAAGAAGCAGUGCAUCGUCAGGGACGACUCCUUCCAGCCCAGGGCAUUGAAAGCAGCAGGGGAGAUCACCAUUGAGAUCCCCACCAAGGCCUGUGCCGGCCAGAACAACGCUGUCCUCUCACUGGAGCAUGUGCAAGUGGAGGCCAGCAUCGAGUACACCAGGCGAGGAGACCUACAUAUCAAACUCACUUCCCCAUCAGGCACCAGCACAGUCCUGCUGGCGGAGAGAGAGAGGGACACGUCAUCUAAUGGCUUUAGGAACUGGGACUUCAUGUCAGUUCACACAUGGGGAGAGGACCCCACUGGCACCUGGACACUUAAGAUCACUGACACAUCGGGGCGAAUGGAGAACGAAGGUCAGAUCCUAAGCUGGAAGCUUAUUCUCCACGGCACGUCAGAAAAGCCUGAGCACAUGAAGAAACCCAGAGUGUACGUCCCCUACAACGCUGUCCAGAAUGACCGUAGAGGAGUGGAGCACAUGGAUGACAUGAUAGAGGAGCUGCCCACCCAGGCUGAGGUUCACCCACCACAGAAGACCCAGCCCCCUCCUCCUGCCACCCCUGAGAGGAAGGAGACAAGCCCCUCCUCCUUCCCCCCCUCCCUGGCCCUUCUGCGUCUCCUCCAGACGGCCUUCAACAGACAGACCCCAGCUGCCCUGUCCCAGUCCCCAGCCAAGGCCUCUAGCUGGGGAGAGCAGCACACGGGCAGGGCCCCCUCCCUUCCAUGGAGAGCAGGCCCUCAUGUCGCUCCACAGAAGCUGUACCAGGCCCUGGACAGGAUCAACCAGUACCAGCAGGGUGGGCAGGACAACAGCCUGUAUAGCGACUACAGUGACGGCUUUUAUAGCACCAAGCCCUACAGGCACAGAGAUGACCGACUGCUCCAGGCGCUCUUCGACAUGUUCUCUGACGACAGGCAGUGAGGAGGGAGGAUAUGGGAGGAGAGUGGGUAAGGCAAGGGCGGAACUCCAGUCCUGCAGUGUGUGUAGGCUUUUGUUCUAGCUUAACAGAUCCGGCCCCCCGAAUCCCAACUUGAGUCAAGUUAGGAUUCGGGGCCAAGUGAACACACCCGAUUUAACUAAACACGGUCUACAUUGAAGACCUCCUUCGUUGACUACCGGUAGGUGAAUCAGGUGUGUAAGUGCUGGGCUAGAGUCUGCACAGCCCUGCCAUUCUCCUUGGUCAAGAUUGGCCACCCAUGGGGUAAGGGGUGAGAGAGAAAAUGUGAGGAGGUGGGAGCUGGGCAUGGAAGGAGAAAGUGAGGGAGGGGGAGAGUGAACGCCAGAUAGAAACUCUUCCAGCCAAUUGUGAUGUUAUUUUUCCAAAACGCUACUUUUCUUUUCUUGCAGCAUUCUAGCCUGUCUGUCUGUAUGUAGUUUUGUCUUUCAUUCUGUACAGUUAGUUGUAAGUCGGUUGCAUCUCAAUACCCACAAGUGGCUUCCUUUCCUCCUCCUCCUUCCUUUCCUCCUCCUCACCCCUCCUCCUGGUGUAUUGAAGUCUAGCUAACCCAUAGACCAUAGAUCUCUGUCAUAUUGCUUCAGUCUUUUCAGAUCAAUAUGCAGGAAGGAAAGGAGACAAGGAAAGGGAACCCCUGUAGCGUAUUUAAAUGAAUCUGGGAUUGCAUUCCACCCCUCCUCCAGCCAUCUAUUCAAUAGUCUUAAAGUGACAGUUAACAUCAAAGUCAACGUUCAGCCGAUGUUUUCAGCCCUCAAAAGUGGUCUGAUGUCAGGAUGUGUCCAGGCACCACGACAUCUGUUUUGUAGACCCAGCUGUAUCCCUCAAUUCCAAAUUAAUUCAAAACAUAGCCACUGCGCUGCUAAAUGCAUAUAGGGGAAAUGCUGCUCUAUUUGCCACCUUUACCUGUCAGUCGUAUUGAAAGUAAGGAGACAAGAGAAGGAGAAAGAGAUGAGGAAAGGAUGUUUUUAAGACUUUUGGGACACAGGGCUCUUCUCCCUUCACGGCACUACCUGCUUGAGCAUGCUAUGUACAGUACCUUUAGAAUUUCAAGUUCAUAAUUGUAUUAUGACUGACACUAUUAUCUAUAUAUUAUACAAAGACAAUGAAUGUAAUGUUGUUUUUACACUGAACAAAAAUAUAAGCGCAACAUGCAAAAAUUUCAAUGAUUUUACUGAGUUACAGUUCAUAUAAGUAAAUCAGUCAAUUGAAAUAAAUUCCUUAGGCCCUAAUCUAUGGAUUUCACAUGACUGGAAAUACAGAUAUGCAUCGGUUGGUCAUAGAUACAUAAAAAAAGGUAGGGGCGUGGAUCAGAAAUCCAGUCCGUAUCUGGUGUGACCACCAUUUACCUCAUGCAGCGCGACACAUCUCCUUCGCAUAGUUGAUCAGGCUGCUGAUUGUGGCCUGUGGAAUAUUGUCCCGAUUCUCUUCAAUGGCUGUGCUAAAUUGCUGGACAUUGGCGGGAACUGGAACACGCUGUCGUACACUUCGAUCCAGAGCAUCCCAAACAUGCUCAUGGGUGGCAUGUCUGGUGAGUAUGCAGGCCAUGAAGGAACUGGGACAUGUUCAGCUUCCAUCUGUGUACAGAUCCCUGCGACAUGGGGCUAUGCAUUAUCAUGCUGAAAUAUGAAGUGAUGGCAGCUGAUGAAUGACAUGACAUGACAGUGGGCUUCAGCAUCUCGUCAUGGUAUCUCUGCAUUCAAAUUGCCAAACUGCACACACCAUAACCCCACUGCCACCAUGAGGCACUCUGUCCACUAGGUUGACAUCAGCAAACCGCUCACCCACACGGCACCAUACAUGCUGUCUGCCAUCUGCUUUGUACAGUUAAAACCAGCAUUCAUCUGUGAAGAGCAUACUUCUCCAGCGUGCCAGUGGCCAUCGAAGGUGAGCAUUUGCUCACUGAAGUCGGUUACAACGCCAAACUGCAGUCAGGUCAAGACACUAGUGAGGACGACGGGUACACAGAUGAGCUUCCCUGAGACUGUUUCUGACAGUUUGUGCAGAAAUUUCUUUGGUUGUGCAAACCCACAGUUUCAUCAGCUGUCUGGGCGGCUGGUCUCAGACAAUCUUGCAGGUGAAGAUGUGGAGGUCCUGGGCUGGCGUAGUUAAAUGUGGUCUGCGGUUGUGAUGCCGGUUGGACGUACUGCCAAAUUCGCUAAAACGACGUUGGAGCUUAUGGUAAAGAAAUUAACAUUACAUUCUCUGGAAACAGCUCUGUUGGACAAUCCUGCAGUUAGCAUGCCAAUUGCAUGCUCCCUCAAAACUUGAGAAAUCUGUGGCAUUGUGUUGUGUGACAACUGCACAUUUUAGAGUCGACUUUUAUUGUCCCCAGCAGAAGGUGCACCUGUGUAAUGAUCAUGCUGUUUAAUCAGCUUCUUGAUAUGCCUCACCUGUGAGCUGGAUGGAUUAUAUUGGAAAGGCUCACUAACAGGGAUGUAAAAAAAAAAAUGUGUGCACAAAACUUGAGAGAAAUAAGCUUUUUGUGCGUAUGGAAAAUGUCUGGGAUCAUAUAUUUCAGCUCAUGAAACAUGGGACCAACAAUAUAUGUUGCGUUUGUGUUUUUGUUCAGUAUAAAUAUACUUGACCUCUAAACUAACCACCUCUCUAAACUCCAAAUAUGAAAUCUGUAUUUAAUAUUUAUAUUUUGACAUAUUUAUUUUGGCAUAUAUUAGUUUUUUUUUGCAAGAGUAGACUCACUGUGCUACUGUAUCUCAGCCCCAAAUCCUGAUUUGGGGAAUGUAAUUUUGAGGUAUAUUCACAAUUUCAAUUUAGGAUUCCGAUACUUUAUUAUGCAUAAAAAAAAUGCAGUCCCCUUUCUGUCCCCUUUCUGUUUCAAACUGAAAACUUUUUUAUGCUGUUCUAUUGAGAAAAAAUGUGUAGUAAAGUUCACUUCUUUGCGGUUUUCUUUUAUAAUAGAAAAAAAAGAAAGAACAAGAAAUGGGGACAAUAAAUGACCAAGAACCAAUUGGUUGAGUAAUUCUUAUUGAGGUUAUUCGACCCUCGAGAUCUAUAGAUAUAAUGAAUAUGAUUAAAGCUUUUGCAAAUUGGUCAUGUUGAAACCAUUUGAAUAAUUAUUUAAACUGACAAUAUAAAAUAACUCUAAAAGGAAACGUUUCAAAUAUAUAUCUAUAUAUACAGUAUAACUAUAUACAUAUAUAUAUACUACACAUGUUGUGUAAUUUGAUUUAUUUUAGAUUCAAAGUACAACGCUGCAUUAAAUGAAAUAUUUUUCUAGAAAUUCAUCAGUUUAUAAAAAAUUAUAUACGUAUAUAUAAAUCCCUUAAUUCAUUCCGUUUAUAUUGCAAGUGGUUUUACUUGACAUUUUCAGUUAAAUUCUAGGUUUAAAUUAAAACAAAAUACAUGGAAUUAUGAAUAGAAAUGAACAUUGCCAAACUGUUGUGCUGCCGAAGAAAAAUAGCUUUUCUGUGUUUGGGUGAUUAUAAAACAGGCUUGGAUGUCGUUGCUUCAUUUACAAACUCAUGACACAACUACCUAGUUACAUGCAGCGCAUUGGAUAUCUUCAUUUCUACAUUUCUACUCUUUGGUAUUAGUGGACCUAUCAUCAUUCAAUCCAAGUAUACUUUAGUAAACUGUAUACUGGUAAUAAUUUAAUGUAGGAGCUUUACACUAAAAGACUAUAACACAUUUAUAAGCUAUAUAUUAUACCUUCAUAUGCCCUACAUAAACGUUCACAUUUAUGCUCUCAACUGCAGGUCGGUAGAUGUCACUGCAUAUCUUAUGUCAACUUGCGGUUGUUAGUCUUAGUUGACAUUUACAUGUAUAAAUGCGUAUGUAGUGCUUAUGACAGUGUAAUGAACUGCUAUGAAUGUGAUGUUUCCCUAUGUAUGUAGAGCCCCAUACAUUACAGUGUUAAGUAGUCCCUAUUUUCUAUGGUAUUGGCUCUAGCCCUGCUCUCUGCCAAACAAGGUGAAAGAUUGAGAUGACAGAUGAAGAACAGUUUACAUGCAUCCUAUAAUUAUACAUCUUUCAAUGUAGCCAGUGUUGUUGUAAUGUUUGUUUAUAUUUUGGAUUUAAAUCGAUGCUUCUGUCCAAAAUUGUUUACAAAAGCUGAAAUAUUCUGUAUGGAUGUACAAAAUUAGAUUUAUCGUAAUAAACUGCAAAGUGACUUUG